UGUCAAAAAUAACAAAGUAUUACUACAUUUUGAACCGUUUCUAAAAGCUAGGUGUCAAUAUAGAUAAACAAAAAAAGAAAAAAGAAAAGCUGGAACGGUGGGGGCAGCAGAAGAAGCAGAAUAGGAAAACGAAGUUGAGAGAGAGAAAAUAGAAAAAAGCUUUACAACUGCCACCCAUUAACCAUAAGAGUCCCCAGAGGCCACAGACACCGCACCCUUUUUAUUAUUUUUCCCUUCAAAUUGUUGCAUUUGUUAUAGACCCCAUUAUUAUUAUUGUUUUUAUUUUAUAUUUGUUGGGGUUGUUUGUGAAUUUGUGUGUUUUGUGAUCAGAGUUGUGGGGGGGGUUUUUAGCCGUUUGAGGAAGAGGAAGAUCAAGAGGUCUGAGAAAAAUUCUGAAUCUGGGUAUUUACGAUUCUGCCAUUUGGGGGAAAAGGGUGACGGGUAUUUUGGUCAGUUUGUGGAGUUUGGUUCAGUUUGGUUCUGCUUUAUUAAUAGUAGAACCUAUAAAGCGAUUUGAAAGGACAGGGUUUUUUUUUGGUUUUUGGAGAUUGAAAGGAAAAAACCAAAAAAAAACAAAAAAUGUGGUGGAUGAUGGGUGAGACAGGAGGACAUUAUUGUAACAAGAAAACCGAUGAUAUUUGUGGCGAUGUUUGUGGACAGGAAUCAAAUAAAGUGUUAAGCAUGUCAAGAAUCCGCUGCAUUCUGCGUGGCUGGGAUGUGAAAACCUUAAUCUUUCUUUUCGCCUUUGUUCCGACAUGCAUAUUUUUCAUCUAUCUACAUGGGCAGAAGAUCUCAUACUUCCUGCGCCCACUGUGGGAAUCACCACCCAAACCUUUUCAUGUACUUCCGCAUUAUUAUCAUGAGAAUGUGUCAAUGGAGAACCUUUGCAAACUUCAUGGUUGGAAAAUCCGUGAGUACCCAAGGCGUGUCUUUGAUGCUGUGUUGUUUAGUAAUGAGAAGGAAAUUCUUGAAUUACGAUGGAAAGAAUUGUAUCCCUAUGUAACACAGUUUGUUAUCCUUGAGUCGAAUUCAACAUUCACUGGAUUGCCAAAGCCCUUGUUUUUUUCCAGUUAUCGAGAUGAUUUCAAAUUCGUUGAGCCACGAUUGACUUAUGGGACUAUUGGGGGAAGGUUUAAGAAAGGAGAAAAUCCAUUUAUUGAGGAGGCAUAUCAGCGAGUAGCACUGGAUGUGCUUCUGAAAAAAGCUGGUAUUGAAGAUGAUGACUUGUUGAUAAUGUCUGAUGUUGAUGAGAUCCCAAGCAGACACACAAUAAAUCUCUUGAGGUGGUGUGAUGAUAUACCUCCUGUCCUGCAUCUUCAACUGAAGAAUUAUAUAUAUUCUUUUGAGUUCCAUGUGGAUGAUAGCAGCUGGAGAGCUUCAGUACACAGGUAUCAGUCUGGUAAAACAAGGUAUGCACAUUAUCGCCAGACAGAUGACCUCUUGGCAGAUGCAGGGUGGCAUUGUAGCUUUUGCUUCCGCCGAAUCAGUGAAUUUAUCUUUAAGAUGAAAGCAUACAGCCAUUAUGACAGGGUUAGGUUCUCUCAUUACUUGAACCCUCAAAGAGUUCAGAAAGUAAUAUGCAAGGGGGCUGAUUUGUUUGAUAUGCUUCCUGAAGAGUACACCUUCAAAGAUAUAAUAGGGAAAAUGGGACCUGUUCCUCGUUCCUUCUCAGCUGUUCAUCUUCCAUCUUAUCUUUUGGAGAAUGCAGACAAGUAUAAAUUUCUUUUGCCUGGGAACUGCAAAAGAGAAAGUGGCUGAAUUUUUUCAAAAGUUGUCUGUUUUUGUAAAGGUUAGUUGGACUUCUAGAUUGAAUGUCUCUUUAUGGAGAUUUCACUUGAACAAUCAUUAACUGGUGCAUUACUGAUAUAGCCUUGCCAUUUGUCCGGCUGAAAACAUCAUUCUUUGGAAUAUGUUUAGGGAAUUGGACAACCUCCUGGAUUGAGAUUCUUAGGGCACCAUUCUGUACAUAACUUUUACCUUCCUUUUUGCUUUCUGGAAUUGGGUUUUAUUUUAUGGUGGAGCAUACCCAGUUUGGAGCUUGCUAUGAUGGGAAUAGCUUAGUUGUCACAGGUUGCUUGUGUUAACUUGGCUUUGGUUUGGCAUUUCCCCAAUACACCCAGAAAAUAAUGAGGGUCCUGUAUUUUUCCCCUUGUUUUGGGGAGUUUUGUUUUUGAGACAAACUUAAUUUAUAUAUAUAUAUAUGUUGUUUUUAACCUUC